AUGACCAGCACAGAUAGCGACACAGAAAGUGUCCCACCACUGGAAGUUAGUUACAUUAUCAGUAUUAUCUUUAACAGCAUCGCCUGUCCCUUCACAGUUCUGCUCAACGUGCGGGUUAUAAUGGCCGUGAAAGCAAGAUCCCGACUCCGAACCAACAGCAACAUCUUGCUUGCCUGUUUAGCGGUGACCGACGCAUUAACUGGUCUCGUUUCCCAGCCCCUGUAUAUCCUGUGGAAGAUAUUCCAGUUAUUCGGUCUCAAGAGCAGUCCAACAGUCAAACGUCCCCUUGUCAAUUCUUUGUCCGUUUUUAUGAUGGCUUCAUACCUUCAUCUGAUAUUGGUUACUUUCGAGAGACUCAUAGCUAUCAAAUUUACGAUGCUAUACUCAAAGAUUGUAACUGAUAAAAAAAUGAAAAUGGCAGUGUUAGUAGUCUGGAUCAUUGCCUUUAUGUGCGGGGUAUUCAGCGUGUUAAAAAUGUUUCUAGUAUUACUUCCUAUUUCAAUCCUUAUCACUGUUUCGUGUGUCGUUUUUGUUGCUUUUGCUUAUGCGAUAUUGCUACAUGAAACGCGUCGCCAUCGAAAAAAGAUAAAAGCACAACAACUGCUCCAAGAAGAAGUGGAAAGAUUUACCAAAGAGAACAAGGCACUCAAGACAACUGUGUUUGUAGUUGGUGCUGUUCUUGUCUGCCUUCUCCCAUUUUGUUUCUGUCAGAUCGUGUGGGCAAAUGGUAGUUAUUGUCCCAUCGACGAAGUAUUGCUGCAGCCAAUUGCUAUGUUUAACUCCCUUGCUAAUCCACUGAUUUACUGCUGGAGACAAAAAGAAAUGAGGAAUUUCAUAUUUAGAAAAGGGUCCCAGGUCGUGCAUCCAGUUACCAGUGAAAGUGGGACAUGA